AUGGCGUUAGCGUUUCCGAGCAGCACCUGGCCUUUUUCUGGAGUUCGGGCAACCCCGCUAUCCCUGCGUUUGGAGGCGCCUCAAGCGCUGUCCCCCAACCCGGGCCACCAACCCCGAGGCGCAGAGGGCCAGGCUGGCGCCCGCUCUGCUGUCCGCUCCCCGGUGCCUCCGGGGGGAAGUCGGGCCUGGGGGCGGCGGACACACAGCCUUGGAUGCGGUGGGUCGGCCUCCUGCGUUCAUCCCUCCUCUCAGCCCCAGGGCUCUGCCGCGGGCUUCUGGAGAAGUGAUGCGGAAGAGGGUGCUGGGGGCUGGGCCCGUUGCCGUGGCAACCCGUACCCGGCGGCUAGCAGAGCCCAGCGCGCCAAGCCCAGCGCCUCUCGGCUCCUCAGGAACAGGAGAGCGGACUCCUGGGAGCAAGCAGCCGAGCCGCGCGGCUGCGGGGACGCGGCCAGGGUGUGGACUAGGGGCACGACGGGGGCCGAAGAGAGGCUGGAAGCCGGGUGGGAUCAGCGCCCCCUGCGUUCUCGGUGCCUGGUUUUCAGCCCAAGCAGCCCAGCGCGCCUGGACUCUCGGCGGCGCCUCUCGGCCGCUGGGGGAGCCCGGGUCAACCUGGAACGCGGGCCCGGGAUGCGCGCGCCCCCUCCCGCCCCCAUAGUCCCGCCGCGGCGCCCGGCCCGGACCCUGCGCAGCAACCGACCUGGAGAGACGCUGCCCGGAGAGCCCCGCAGUGGCCCCAGCCCUCCGCGGGCUGACCCCCAGUGGCCCCGGCCCACAGGUGCGGGCGUGAGACAUCCCGGGGUCAACGCCGCCGAGCUUCCGCGGUCCCUCCGGGGCGGGUCGUCCUGCAUCCGUGAGACACCGCCACAUCACGAACGGCAUCACGAACUCUCUAAAUACAGCUCCCUACCGGCCCCUCACCCGUCCCCAGAGGUUCGUUUAUUCGGUUUUCGAGUCUACCGCCCUGCAGGACACCGAUGACUUCGUGCUGCGCACCGUACUUGGCUCUUACUCCAUCAUCGCGUUUAAUUCUUUCAGCAAACCCAGUCAUAUCUAGAGACCGUGUUGGAAAAUAUCAAGAAUAGAGGAAGAAUAAGAAGAUUUACUUGAUGCUGAGAAGUGGCUGGAAGGAUUCAGAAACUUGAGAGAAGAACUUGAAAAAUAUAACCCAGAAAAAAUAGGUGAGGUUAUUUAAGGGAUGAUCUCAGAAAAAAGUUUCAAGAAUUGAUCCCUCUCACACUGGAUUUAUCAGCAAGGCAGAUUUUAAGAUGAUUUUCACUGGGCUGUGCAACAACCUGAAUGAAUAUGAGUGUGGACUGCCAGGAAGGAGAUGUGAUACUAAAGGAAAAGGAAGGUGAGUCAGAUCUAGAGAGUAAGAAAAUCUAGGUGUAUGUUUGUAUUUACUCAAGAAACAAUGUACCAUUUUUUAAAAAAAGAAUUAAAAGUUUACUCAGUUUGUGUGUAUACAGGGAGCAUCUUUUAAAGGUGACAUAAAAACUGGUAAUAGUGAUCGCUUCCUAGGAAGGGCACUGUGGGGCUGGGGGCGGAGGUAGGAGGGAGACUUUUGACUGUAUAUCCUUUUGUACUUCUAACAUUUUGUACUAUAUAAAUGUACUAGCUAUUCAAAAUGUAUUUUAAAAUUAGUGUGUGCAUAGAAAGGUUUUAAGGAAACAUAAAAAAUGUGCUUACAUUGGAUGGUGAGAUUAAAGGUGUUUUUGUAUCCUCUUUAUACUUUCCUAUGUGUUUCCAAUUUUCUAUAAUGAGCAUAUAUUGUUUUGAUAAUUAGUUUUUUUAAAUAUCUUUAUUGGAGUAUAAUUGCUUUACAAUGUUCUGUUAGUUUCUGCUAUGUAACAAAGUGAAUCAGCUAUAUGCAUACAUAUAUUCCCAUUAGUUUUUUAAAGUUACAUUAUUUUUUUAAACCUGAAUUUUAGAAACAUCCAACUGCCCAGUUUUGAGGUCCUGGAGGACUACAACUUUACACAAGAAGAGUAUUCCUAAACUUAGAUCUAAAUCAUGCAAUUCCAAGAAAGAGUGAAAGUGUUCCUGAUUGUGACAGCUGUUGCAUAGAGGAAAGGGCACUGGACUGGGAAGCAAACAUAGUUCAAAUCCUAGCUCUGCGACAAAAUAGUUAUGUGACUUUCAACAGACUCUCUGAGUUAGGCCUCAUCUGAACAUUGAGGGUAACGUUUCCUACUGCAGACGUGUUUGUGGAGAGUAAAUGGUGUAACCGUGUGUGAAAGCCCCUAACACUGGGCCAGGUCAGGGGAGACAUCCAGGAACACCUUUGGGGGACCUUAGCUCCCUCUUGAUUUCCAUUAACCCGACGAAGGCCACCUCAGACUGUGUUUGCAGCCUUAAGACAAAUCCCCUAGAGCUGUUCCAACCAGGUGGCUGCUCUGAAGUCUAUUUAGAACUUCUGGAGUUGCCCCUGUACCUGAUCCCUAGCAAAUCCCUUCCUAAAAAAGAGAUCUCUUUCUGUCAAUACCUUUCUUCCAUGUCUUAUCUGAUGCAGAGAAGAAAACACUCAGAUUAAGACUGGUUUUAAAAAAGGGGAGGGGCAAUGAAUUGACAAAAUAAAAACCAUUAUUUCAAAAAUUCAAUAUUGUAAAUAGGUCAGCAGUUUCAAAGGAAAUUGAUUUAGUUUAUACAGCAACCUCAUGCAGAUUUUAGUCACGCUAGCUAAGUUACUGGGUACAGACCACUGGCCAGACACUGCUGUUAACUCUCUUAAUCCUCCCAUUAACCCUAUGGGAGGGGUACUAUCAUUCCAUUUAAUGAUGGGAACUGAAGCCCAGAGUUGUCCAAUAAUUUUCAAGGUCAUAUAAUCAGAAAAUGGCAGAACCAGGACUUAGCAGCUUAGCUCCAGAGCCCAUGUUCUUAAUCACCUUGCCUGUUGAUAGUAUUUAAUGUCAAAUAAUGAUAUUGUUUGAUUAUAAAAGUCCAGAAAAAAUAGACGAGAACAUAGAUUUCAUGUGCAGUUGACCCUUGAACAACUUGGAAGUUAGGGGCGCUGACCCUCAAUGCAGUAAAAAAUCCACAUCCAACUUUACAGGCGGCUUCCAUAACCGCAGUCCCGCAUCCUUGAAUUCAGUCAGCGGUAGAUCGUGUCAUACUGUAGUACGUGUUUAUUGAAAAUAUCCGUGUAUAAGUGGACCCACGCAGUUCAAACCCGUGUUGUUCAAGGGUCAGCUAAUUUUGUCAGUGUUUCGUACCAAGAAUUUCUGAAGCCAUUUAAGAGGCAGAUUUGUAUGAAUGGGCACAAGGCUGCUGCAACUAUGCAUUUCCCUUCACGUGAGAAUGAAGAUCAACUUUUCAUUAGAGAAGAGUCAGCAGCUUUGAGAGUGCUGAUUAGUCGCCUAAGGGAAAAGGUAUUCUGAACUUUUCUUUGCCUUUGAAAAACAGCAUUCACAAUAGCCCGGGGUGUGAAUCGAUGUCACUGUGCCUGAUCAGUCAGUGUCUGUGUGCCUGAUGCUGCAUUUGGGGUAGUUAGUGUCAAGCAAUGAGGCCUGAGAAGUGUGCAGGGGCCACAGUGGGAAGGCUGACAAGGAACUUGGACUUUUUCCUGAGAGUAAGAGCAGGCAGGCAUUGAAUAAUUCUAAACAGGGGAAUUUUAGAUUUGUGUUUUAGAAAAACGGUCUGGUUGAUAUGCUGAAAAUCAAUUAGAGGAAGCAAAAAUGGACGCUUGUGAGAUUGGUGGGAAGUUGAAAAGGGUCACUGACAGCCUGGUUUUUGGCUGUGGCAGAAGAAAUAGAAAUGAAUGGAUCAAGAGAUAUAAGGUAAAAUCCACAAGUCUUGAUGUCUGUUUGGAUGUGGAGUUAGGAGAAGGGUGAGAAGCUGGUCAAGGGAUAGUGGUGAAUCAAGGAGAGACAGAUUGUGAGUCUAUCUGGAGGUGAGGAUAGAUCUGGAAAUAAGGCCUUAGUGGUUUCCUUCUAUUGCAUGACAUGGUUUUGCCUAGAUUAAGAGCCUCAAAAGAAACCUUCAGGGGCUUCCCUGGUGGUACAGUGGUUGAGAGUCCGCCUGCCGAUGCAGGGGACGUGGGUUCGUGCCCCGGUCCAGGAAGAUCCCACAUGCCGCGGAACGGCUGUGCCCGUGAGCCAUGGCCGCUGAGCC